AUGUUGUCUAUGAAGCAAAUCUUCCUUCUCCUUUCCCUCCUCUCUCUGGCCUCUGCUGCCGAGAAGGGAGUUUCCGCUCGCAGGCCUAACGCUGAUGCUGAGACACACAGAGGCCUCAAGAAGAGCAAGAGCAGCAGCUCAAAGAAGAGCAGCAGUUCGGGUGGCUUUGUCGCCCCCAAUCGAGGUGGUGGAAAUGGAGGCAUCGUCGGAGGAAGCGUUGGCGGCGGAGAUGGAAUCAACCGCGACGGCAGUCCUGUUGGAGCUUUGAUCCAGCCUGCUGGCAAGGAAUGUGUUCCAUUCGACGAUGCCCGAAAGUGGCUCACCGCUGAAUACCCAGGUGAUGCUCAAUGCCGUACUCCAGAUGCCGCAAUGGGAGCCACUACUGCCUGUUGUCGUGUGUUCUCCUUCACGGAUGCCAACGGACCACAAAAGUGGUUGCUUUACGACACGAACAACCAGUACAGAGAUCUUAUGUGCGUCUGUAACGCAAACACCGGUAACUUCACACCUGGCGGCGGUCCCUCCAACAACCCCGUCAUUCCCAAUGUUCCAGGUACUGACACCACUGACAGAACCGAUGGACUCGGCGGUGGUAUCGCUCCACCCACGCCUGCCAUUCCCGUAACUCCACCCACUGCCACUCCUCCUGUAGCAGCUCCAGUUGCUCCGCCAGUAGCAGCCCCAGUUGCACCCCCUACUAGUCCUGCUGUGCCACCAGGUCCGGAAGGCGUCUGUGACAACCCAAGCAAAACACAACUUGCUCUUCAACAGUCUCCCUACAUGGUUCCAUGUGAGGACAGCAGCCCGUGUGGAGAUAACAAGUGUUGUUUCAGCAAUUACUGCGUCUGCUGGCCAGUUUCACAGCUUGUUCCAGGCACCUCGUACUGUCUCUAA